AUGUCAACAACUAAGAAAGGAUAUAAAAAAAAUAUAUUCCAAUGUAAAUACUGUCCACGAUCAUUUAGUGGACGUGGAGCUUAUCGAAAUCACCUUCAGUCACAUCGAGACCAGAUGUACCUAGACGAAAAUAAUUUAACACGUGAAGAAAGUACUAAUAUAAGUGAGCCAGUUGUCGCCAGAAAUAACAAACAAGGACCCGCUCUCUCACCUAUCUUAAUUAACGACAUUAUUACUCCGUGUGAAGAACAAAUUUCAGACAUAAAUGUUCAUGAUGCUUGGAAGGAUGAUGAGCUGCUAAUUUUUGACGAAAAUAUAAGUGAGAAAGAAAUUCAAAGUGACAUUGAAAGUAAUGAUGAAAUAGAUAAUAUUUUUGUUGAAACUGAAGACCAAUAUUACCAAAAUUAUACAUUAUUAUUUCCAACGGUUGUAAGUUCGUCUAUUUUAACGGUUCUAGAUGUUAGAACAGCUCAAAAAGUUCAAGAAACAAAUAAUGCAAUACCAUCAUUUCCGAAUUCAGCAUAUGAAGCUUUUGUACAUUUGCUUACCAAACAUAACCUUUCUGAUUCUGUUGCGAAUGAUAUUAUUAGUUUAUUCAAUAAUUUUCAUAUGGAUUCAACGGCUAUUCUACCUUCAAAUGCCAAAGCUGCACGAAAAUUAUUAGAUUCUAUGCAAAUUCCUCAUAUUUUAUAUAAAAAAAUGGUUAUCAUGGAAUAUAACCAAAAACAAUAUAUACUUUAUCAUCGAACAAUUUAUGAUACCAUCAAAGAGUUGUUAAGUAAUGAAGAUAUAUUUAAACAUUGUGUGUUUGAUUUUAUGCCGAAGUACCUGACAAAUAUUAAUGGUGAAAAUGAAAGAUGUUACGGAGAACAAUAUAAUAGCGAAUGGUGGGGUCGGGCUCAGUCAUCAAUUAGCGAAAAUUCCAAA